CUACACCAGCCUGUACUUCCGGAACAUAUAUAUACAGGCGCGCAUAUCCUAUCCCCUCCUCAUCAUCACACACAAUGCCCCACGACAUCACCCCCCGCCGCCUAGCAGCCGAGGCCAAGGCCAGCGCCUCGGCCAGCGGCACCGCCAAGGCCGACGCACCAGUGUAUCCGGUGGUAAUCAACACCGCGCCCAAGGUGUACCCUCCUGUCCGGGCCCAGUCAAACGGCGCAGGCAAGGCGAAGCCGCGCCUGGCCUUCACAGCAGACGACAAGGCGCGCCUCGACGCCAUCCUCCACGCGGCGGUCGACUCGCGCCAGGUCAACGCGCUCACCUUUGCCGUGUCCGACGCCGAGGGCGAGCUGUACUUCAACUGCGCCGGCGAGCGGGUGUUCGGCGAGCCGGACAAGGGCCAGGUGGACGAGCGUACCAUGUUCCAGCUCUUCUCGUGCACCAAGCUCGUGACCUCGGUGGCGUGUCUGCUCCUCGUCGACGAGGGAGUCAUCUCGCUCGACAACCCGGCCGUCAUCGACCACUAUCUUCCCGAAGUCGCAUGCCAGCCGAUUCUCCGGGGCUACGCGUCCGACGCGCCGGGGUCCGAGAUCCUCGAGCCGCGGACAACGCCGCUCACGCUGCGCCAUAUCCUCUCGCACACUUCCGGCCUGGCGUACGGCCUCUUCUCGCCUGUGCUGGAGCGGUGGAUGAAGGAGCGCGGCUGCUACUCGCGCCACUUUUUCGACGAUGAAGACGGCGGCGUGAGCGGCCAUAUUGGCGUGCCGCUCGUCUCGUCCCCCGGCGAGCGGUUCGUCUACGGUAUCGGCAUUGACUGGGCCGGCAUCCUUGUCGAGCGUGCGUCGGGUUUGACGCUCGAGGAGUUCUUCCAGAAGAACAUCUUCACUCCGCUCGGGCUGAAGGACCUGGUGUGGUACGCCGACGCCGACGUCCGCUCGCGCCUGCAGCAGGCAUGCGGCAGGCUGCAGGGUGAGCUCGUCCACUCGACCGGCAUCCGUACGAUCAUUGGGCCAGAGAAGAAGAUCAAGCAAUACGCCGGUGGUGGCGGCCUGCUCGGCACAGCGAAGGACUACCUCGCCUUCCUGCGCGCCAUCCUCGCGUCGUCAAAGCCGGGCGGGCUGCUGUCCCCCGAGUCGUACACCGAACUGUUCGCAAACUCUCUCCCGCCUCGCGGUGACAACACGUCCGCGUACGAGGACCUCGCGAACGUGGUGUACACGCAGCCCUACUCCGACGAGAACAUGUGCGCGAACGGCGGGCAGGGGCUCGCGCACAGCAUCGGCCUGACGAUCAACACUGUCGAGUCGGCGCACGGGCGCAAGGCGGGUAGCGGGACGUGGGGCGGCGCCUGCAAGACUGACUACUGGAUCGACCCGGCCACGGGGAUCGUCGGCAUGUGCUUUGCGCAGAUCUUCGCGCCGGCGCCAGACCCGCCCGCGACGGAGCCGUUCAACGUCGCGCAUGAGACGUUCGAGCGGGCAGUGUAUGAUGCGAUUGAGGCCAAGGAAUAGAUAGACGGUGCUUACGACUUUGGAUGAACUACUG